AUGAGCGUCCAACUCCCCCCGCCUACGCAUCGCAAACGCACUCUGCCCCAAGGCGAGCUCGAAGCCGCGUCGACCCUCAAACUCGGCGCUGACCAAAAUACCCACACCCUGUCGCUGUCUGAAGCGCGACUUGUCAUCAACAAGGUGCUGGAGAACAAGCGGCGCGGAGGGAACAAGUACGAGGAGCCGGAGAACCUGACCCGGACUCUGGAUUACCUUGAGGUGUUUGCCCGGUUCAAGGACGAGGAGAAUAUCAAGGCGGUGGAACGGUUGCUGAACUCGCACACCGAGCUGGAGAUGUUCGAGCGGUCACAGCUUGGAAGUCUUUGCUGCGAUAAUGCAGAGGAAGCCAAGUCGCUUAUUCCGAGUCUGCAGAACAAGAUCUCCGAUGGAGACCUGCAGGAGCUGCUGGAUGAGCUGACCAAGCUGCGCAACUUCACCGAGUAG